UCGUUCUUCAGCCAUGGCCACUUCGCUCCCCAUCCUCUUCCGCGUCCUCGCCACGCUCUUUAUCCUCGUGACCCCCACAACGAGCGACCUUUUGUCUCCCUUAACUCCUUUUAUCUCUCCUUUACAAGAUGACCUGUGCAAAGAAGUGGAAUGCGGGAAAGGGAAAUGCAUGCCUUUGCUCAGUGACUCCGCCAACUUCUUGUACGAAUGCGAGUGCGAUCCUGGCUGGAGGAAAUCCCCUCUUCGGGGCACGGAUCCUCUCACGCUCCUUCCUUGUACGCUUCCAAACUGUACGAUCGAUUCCUCUUGCGAGAGAGAUUCCUCUCCAGCUCGAGGGAAAGCUAGCGGAGGCAGAAAUUCUUCAAUCCUCAAUCCCUGCAUGUGGAUCGAAUGCAGAGUUGGGUCGUGCAACCAAACAUCGCAGUACUCGUACGCUUGCGUCUGCGAAGAGGGUUACAGCAAUCUCCUCAACCUCACGGCCUUGCCUUGUUUUAAAGGAUGUUCGUUUGGAAUGGAUUGCUUAAGCCUUGGGAUUCCUUUUCCGAAUGGAUCUUACCCACCGGAUUUGGGAGACAUUGAUGUGAGCAAAGCUCAGUUGCUUGGACGAAGGACAUCAUUGUGGCUGGUCCUUUGGGCUAUUCUUCUGGGAGUGCUUGAGCUUCAGACGAACUAGAGCCCUCUUGAUGAUACUCCUGCUCCAGACUAUGCUAGUAGAUAUGAAUUAUCGUGCUUUCGGUGCUAAAAGAAAUUUCCAAUAUAGUAGUUUUUAGUUGAUUCCUGCAUGUGAAAACAUAUCGAACACGCAACAAAAGAGGAUUAGAUUUUACUGAGGUUUCCUGGCCUGUAAAUUGUUUUUGGUUGACCGAUCAUUUUCAGUGAACCAGAUGCGUGAAAGUUAGGAAAACUAAU